AUGGAGAAAGAACGGAAAGGCAGUUUGCGUGGUGUUGCUUUCGCUGCCGUUGUAUUUUCGACAGUUGCUGUCACAGCAUGUCUCAUCACCUUCCCAUUGGUUUUCCAUUAUAUUCAAACCUUACAAGCCACUGUCCAGGGUGAAGUAGAGUACUGCAAAUCACGGUCACGAGAUAUGUGGCAUGAGAUGGUUGAAGUUACUCCCUCAGUACCAGGAGAAGCAGAUGCACUCCGUGUCCUCGCUCGACGUGUGACUCGCCAAGCCGAAGCCCAAUGUUGUACAUGCCAACAAGGCCCUCCUGGACCAGACGGUCCACCAGGACAAGACGGAAGGGAUGGAGAUUCUGGUAUUGGUCCUGGACCUGAUGGACCACCAGGGCCUGAUGCUGAAUUACACGAUAGCUUGCUGCCCGUUCCACCACAAUGCCCAUGUCAAGCAGCCGCCGGAACUGCUGGACCCUCCGGACCACCAGGACAAGAUGGAACACCAGGAAAUCCAGGUCCUAAUGGAGAAGAUGGUGCUCCAGGACCACAAGGACCAGCAGGGAUUCCUGGACCUCCAGGACAACCAGGACAAACCGGACAACGUGGACCACCUGGAGAGCCAGGAAAAUUAUUGCCAGGAAACGAAGCACCAGCAGGACCACCAGGUCCUUCAGGACGCCCAGGACCUCCAGGUCUUCCAGGAAAACCGGGAGCCCCAGGAAACGAUGGAAAUAAUGGAGAACCAGGACAGCCAGGAGAAUCAGGUCAACGCGGGCCAACUGGUCCACCAGGAACUCCAGGUGCCAACGGAGAUGGCGGAGAAGCUGGUUCCCCAGGAAGCUGUGAUCAUUGCCCACCAGCUCGUCUUGCUCCAGGAUACUGA